GAUUUCCUUGUACAUUGUAUUUAUCUGAGUAACUUUGAUGAGUUCAUGCCAGAUAGUAAUUGGAUUAUAACUUAUCAACUAUAGUAUAAAUUUUUUUAAAAUUUUCUUUUAGAUAAUGAUGAAUUAUUAACAGGUAUUGGUCAUAUACAAAUGUUAAUAAAUGGAAAUCUUACAAUGUUACGUAAAUUAUGUAAAGUUUACUUAGAAACUAAUUUACAAAUAAAAAAACAACAAUCAAUUAAUUACAUUCCAUUAAAAAGUGAUUUAGAAGGUUAUUGGAAUUUGAUAUUAUUACAAUAUAAACGUUUUAAAUCACAAUUUCCAUUAUUAGUUAAUUGGAUUUCAAAUGAUUUUCGUAAUGAAUUACAAUUACUUAUUAAUGAAUCACUUGGUGAUCUAUCUAGUUGUUCAUCUGAGUUCAUUAGUUCUUCAUAUAUGAAUAAUGAAUGUAAGAAAAACUCUACUAAACAAACAAAUAUAACUUCAUACAAAAAGAAAUUAUCUAAAAUCAAUAAAAAUCAUGAUAAAUCAAUUCAAUUACAUAAAACAAUUCAACAACGAAUUCAUAAUGCUCGUAAACAAUUAUUAGAAAAACAAAAAAAUAUUUAUGAAAAAAAUGAUAUGACUACUAAUGAAAAUAAUACUGGUGAUAAUUCAACAUGCAAAAAUACAUAUUUUUAUACAAUUGAAUAUUAAUAAAUAUAUGAUUAUAGUAUGAAUCUUAUCAUAUCUAGAUCUAUCUAUCUAUCUAUCUAAUCUAUCUAUCUAUGUAUGUAUGUAUAUGUAUACAUCAAUAGGCUUCUAAAGUAUAAAUUCUUUAGUUGUCAACAUAAACCAAAUACAUAUUCUUCAUAAGUUUGUUUGUUUUUCUUUAGGAAUUAUUGCAUGUACAGUACAUAUACAAUGCAUAUAUUUGUAAAUAGUUCUGCUCAAAACAUUUAGUUCAGAAUAUAUAUAUAUAUAUAUAUAUAU